GAUUGACUGACUGACUGACUGACCGGCAUUACUUUCCAGCACCAGUGGACAAAAGUACGGGCGGCGGGUGGUGGUGGUGGUGGGGGGGGAGGGAGACGUCACACGCAGUCCAGUCCACUCCGAGAGGUUCAAGUUGCCGCAUUGCAACGGGGCAGCAGGAGCAAGAGGAGGAGGAGGAGGAGGUGAGAGGGAGAGGAGGAGGAAGAGGAAGGAAAUCGUCCACGGAGAGCAGAUUUAUGUGACGAAAGCGCCAGGCCGUCAGUCAGUCACUGGACCGGACCGGACAGCGGCACCUGGCCUCAGAGAGAAGCCAUUCUUUCGGAAGAGUGAAUAGCUGGACAUGUCCAGACGGAAACAGUCUAAGCCUCGGGCCGUUAAAGUUGAAGAAAGUGAAUCUUCAGAAUUUGACUUGACCUGGGACUCAGCAACUGUACAAGCAGCAGGAGCCUCAGGAGGAGACCAAGAGUAUGAUACCAAGGACGGACAACUGUUGGAAGAUAGGCACAGCAUGACCAGUCAGGAAGAAAGAAAUGAAGAUGAUGAAGACGUGGAAGAUGAGUCAAUUUACACCUGUGAUAAUUGUCAGCAGGACUUUGAUUCACUGGCUGAUUUGACUGAACAUCGGGCACAUCGCUGUCCUGGAGAUGGUGACGAUGACCCACAAGUCUCAUGGGUAGCCUCAUCUCCCUCCAGCAAAGAUGUCGCAUCUCCCUCUCAGAUGUUAGGAGAGGGGUGUGACCUCAGCCUAGUGGAUGAAGAAGGAGGGACGGGUUUGCCUUACCCUUGCCAGUUCUGUGAUAAAUCAUUCAGCCGUUUGAGUUACCUUAAGCGACACGAGCAGAUCCACAGUGACAAACUUCCCUUCAAGUGUACGUUUUGUAGUCGUCUGUUCAAACACAAGCGAAGCCGUGACCGCCACAUCAAGCUUCACACAGGAGACAAGAAGUAUCAUUGUCACGAGUGCGAAGCAGCUUUUUCACGCAGUGAUCACCUCAAAAUCCACCUGAAAACUCACAGUUCCAGCAAGCCGUUCAAGUGCACCAUUUGCAAGCGCGGCUUCUCGUCCACUAGCUCGUUGCAAAGUCAUAUGCAAGCUCACAAGAAGAACAAGGAUCACGUUGCCAAGGUUGAGAAGGAGUUGAAGAAAGAGGAUUUUGUUUGCGAUUACUGUGAUGACACUUUCAAUCAAGUUGAAAACUUGGAGAAACAUAUGGCCACAAAUCACCCACAGAUUUGUGAGAAAGCAGAAUUGCAGUGCAUCCAUUGCCCUGAAGCAUUUGCAGAAGAAAAUGCAUUGAUUAAUCACAUAGAUCUUGUUCAUGGGAAUAAGAAACAUAAGUGUCCAAUGUGUCCCGAGCAGUUUCCUACUGUGGAAGAAGUCUAUUGUCAUCUCGAUACCCAUAGACAACCAGAUUCGAGUAACCAUAGCAUCAGUCCUGACCAUGUUACAGGAAGUGCAGCAUCCAUGAGCAGCACUACUCCGGAUUCCAGUGCUUCAGUUGAAAGAGGUUCAACACCUGACUCUACACUAAAGCCAUCCAGAAGUCAGAGAAAGCCUUCUGGAUCCUUGGAAAGAGAAGGAAGUCAGAAUUCCUGGUCACCAAAAGUUACCUACAGUUGUCCAUAUUGUUCUAAGCGUGAUUUUAGUAGUUUGGCUGUUCUAGAAAUUCACUUAAAGACGAUUCACUCAGAUAAACCUCAGCAAAGCCACACAUGCCAGUUCUGCCUUGAUUCACUCCCCACUUUAUAUAACUUAAAUGAGCAUGUCCGGAAAUUACACAAAAAUAAUGUUUUUCCAGUAAUGCAGUUUACUACAACUUCUACUUUUCACUGCAAUUACUGCCCAGAGAUGUUUGCAGAUCUAAACAGUUUGCAAGAACACAUCAGAGUUACGCAUUGUAUUCCAAAUACACUCACUCAAGAUGGAAACCAUGCUUUCUUCUGUUCUCAUUGCUCAAUGGGGUUCCUUACAGAAUCUUCACUUGCGGAACACAUUCAGCAAGUUCAUUGCAAUGUGGGAAACUCAAAGCUGGAGUCUCCUGUAAUACAGGCUACACAGUCUUUCAUGGAGGUUUAUUCUUGUCCUUAUUGCACCAACUCCCCAAUUUUUGGCACUAUCCUGAAGCUGACAAAGCACAUCAAGGAAAACCAUAAGAAUAUUCCACUUGCAAACAAUGGCCGGAAAUCCAAGUCAGAGCAAAGUCCCGUUUCUUCCGACGCAGAAGUCUCCUCACCAAAGAGACAGAGACUGUCAGCAAGUGCAGCUGCACUAUCAAAUGGCGAGUACCCAUGCAACCAAUGUGAUCUCAAGUUCUCCUCUUUUGAAAGUUUUCAAAGCCACCUGAAAUCACAUUUGGAAAUUCUUUUAAGGAAGCAGUCCUGUCCUCAAUGUAAAGAGGAUUUUGAUUCUCAAGAGACCCUUUUGCAACAUCUCACCAUACACUAUAUGACAACUUCUACGCAUUAUGUAUGCGAGAGCUGUGACAAGCAAUUUUCGUCAGUCGAUGACCUACAGAAGCAUUUGCUAGAUAUGCAUACUUUUGUGCUCUAUCACUGCACAUUGUGCCAAGAAGUCUUUGAUUCCAAGGUCUCUAUUCAAGUGCAUUUGGCAGUGAAGCACAGCAAUGAAAAGAAAAUGUAUCGCUGUACAGCCUGUAACUGGGAUUUCCGAAAGGAGGUAGACCUUCAGCUUCAUGUGAAGCAUAGCCAUUUGGGUAAUCCAGCCAAAGGCCGCAAAUGCAUAUUCUGUGGUGAGACCUUCAGUACAGAGGUGGAAUUGCAAUGCCAUAUCACAACACACAGCAAAAAGUACAAUUGUAAGUUCUGCAGCAAGGCCUUCCAUGCUAUUAUAUUGCUAGAAAAGCACUUGCGAGAAAAGCAUUGUGUGUUUGAUACCACAAGCCAAAAUGGUACUGCCAAUGGCAUUGCAUCAUCUAAUAAAAGAGUGGAGACAGAUCUGCAGAACAUUCUGAUGAAGAGCCAAGAGGCUCUGAACAGCCAUGAAGCUAGUGAGGAUGACAUUGAUGCCUCGGAGCCCAUGUACGCCUGUGAUAUCUGUGGUGCUGCGUACACUAUGGAAGUUCUACUUCAGAAUCAUAGGUUGAGGGAUCACAACAUACGCCCUGGAGAAGAUGAUAGUUCACGGAAAAAAGCAGAGUUGAUCAAAGGAACUCAUAAAUGCAACAUCUGUGCAAGGACGUUUUUCUCCGAGAAUGGACUUCGAGAGCACAUGCAGACCCACCGUGGACCAGCCAAACACUACAUGUGUCCUAUCUGUGGUGAGAGGUUCCCUUCACUUCUAACCCUGACUGAGCACAAGGUGACACACAGCAAAAGUUUAGAUACAGGAACUUGCAGGAUCUGCAAGAUGCCACUGCAAAGUGAAGAAGAAUUCAUUGAGCACUGCCAGAUGCAUCCAGACCUGAGAAACUCCCUUACAGGGUUCCGUUGUGUGGUCUGCAUGCAGACAGUCACCUCCACGCUUGAAUUGAAAAUUCAUGGAACAUUUCACAUGCAAAAAUUGGCAGGAAAUUCUUCAUCCUCGUCUCCAAAUAAUCAGGCUCUUCAGAGACUCUACAAGUGUGCUUUAUGCCUGAAGGAGUUCAGGAGCAAACAGGACUUGGUGAAACUUGAUGUCAAUGGCCUACCUUAUGGCUUAUGUGCAGGUUGCAUGAACAGAAGUACGAAUGGUCAGUCUUCCAAUGUACCUCAGCAGGAAAGCAGUGAAAGAGCCAGUGCCAGCCUCCGAUGUCCUGAGUGUGCUGUGAAGUUUGAAACUGUGGAAGAUCUGGAGAAUCAUAUCCAGAUGGACCACAGGGAAAUGACACCAGAGACGAGCAGCCAGAAAAAGUCAUCGCAAGCAUCACCAGCUCCCAGGAAGAAGACCUAUCAGUGCAUCAAGUGCCAGAUGACUUUUGAGACUGAGCGGGAAAUUCAGAUCCAUGUUGCAAAUCACAUGAUUGAGGAAGGCAUCAAUCAUGAGUGCAAACUGUGUAACCAGAUGUUUGAUUCUCCUGCAAAGCUGCUGUGUCACUUGAUUGAGCACAGCUUCGAAGGAAUGGGAGGUACCUUUAAAUGCCCAGUUUGUUUCACAGUCUUUGUACAGGCAAACAAACUGCAGCAGCAUAUCUUCGCAGUGCAUGGGCAGGAAGAUAAGAUUUACGACUGUUCGCAGUGCCCACAAAAGUUCUUUUUUCAAACUGAACUUCAGAACCACAUGAUGAGUCAGCACGCACAGUAAGGUGUCAGCACUGUGAGACAUAUUCUCUGCAGAAGACUCGACAGAGACACAGUGGGAGAGAACUUUUGAACAUUACAUCCAAUCAAAGUGUCAUUUGAAACCCAGAUGUAAAAUUAAUGAUUUGGCCAUGAGGCACUGCUAUUAUAAGCAGUUUGAAAUGAAUAUUAAUGUAACAGAUUAAAAGUAUUCUAUGCUCAGUAUUUUUCUGUCCUGCUUUUAACUAGUGAAUUCACAGCUUUUGCUUCUAAUCAGAGUUAUAGUGUGUUAGAAACAUCAGCUUUGUUGCUGUUGUCCUUUGCUGCUUAAUGUAGUAAACUAAUAGGUGUUGCAUAACUAGAUGUAUUUUGUUCAUACUUGCUUUUAAUUGCAGUUUUAGCCAGUUGUGAUAGGCGUGAUGUGAUAGCUUGCCAUUGUCAAAAUAUUUUUUUCUUUUCGUCAAAGAAUGUUUUAAUUGGAUUGGCCAGUUCACAGUACAAUGAGAAAUUAUGUAAAGAAAAAAAAAUGAUUGCAGUGCAACUGGAUGGUGUUUGCUUCUAAAAUGUGACUUACCUGAUUGCAAUAACUAGUACAGUAUAAUAAAGGGAAACCAUGCACUUAAUUUCUCUUUGUAUUUGAGUCAAAUAGCAUCUGUUAAUUUUGUUUUACUCUAUGCUGCCUACCAGAAAGUACUGACUGCAUUAGAAGCGAUUCAGUCACCAUUCUAAAACAAAAAUACGACCCAUUUCUGUUUUUCACAGUUGGUUGAUAUUGCAACACACCUACAGAGACGACAGCCAUGGGUAGCAUAUCCAUGAGCUUUGAUGACAGACAGCAGUCUGCAUGUCAUAGAGGAAAUGUAUUUCUUACACACCUCUACUGGAAUCACAAUCCAUUCCUCCUGCGAACACGCUACACGUUCUCCCACAUUUUGUGUGCAGACCUCUUUCUCUUUUCUCCUUUAAUUUGUCUCGGAGGCGUUCAGUGAGGUUGAGGUCAGGAAUCUCUGCAGUGUAGUCCAGAAAUGCUACACUAUAGUCUUGUUCCCAUUGCUCACAAUGUCUGUUAUUUGGCAAAGCGCUAAGCCAUCCUGACACCAGUGGGAACAAAGAAGGAGACAUUCAGUAUGAGGUGGUAGGACAGCAUAUAGGUAAAUUGUAUUUUUGUACCUUCUGUAGCCGUUCUAUGCUGGUCAACCAGGUGGUUUUUCACCUCCUCUGACUUGGUUGUAUUUUGAUGGUGUUUAUUUAUAGCUUUUUCAUUUGGAAUUGACUUCUUUUUUUAAAAAAAAAACUGCUGACCAUGAAAAAACUGGAAAUAACUUAUUUUCUACUUUAGGUUUCCGUCUCUACUUCAAUCAGCAUUUCUAUGAACCCUUUGAGGACUGAAUAACCUUUACAUUGGGAAAAAAAAGUCAUAUAUGAACUGUUAUAAAUGAUCAAUGAAACCGUCACACUGACUAAUACAAGUCAUAAUUUGUACAACACUAAGAAUGCAAACAUUUCUUCUAAUUUUAUUGGUUGAAUAAACAAAAUACUCAAA